AUGUUCACCCUUCGCAGAUCCGGCCAUUUCUGGUCCCCAAUCGUCCCAAAUCUUCGACUCCGAUUCCCACGACCAAUAGGAGGCCCAACUGGUACUCCGAUAGCUACAACCAGAAGCUUGAGCUUUGAAAGAACUGCACCCAGCUCUGAGAAACUAGGAUCCAAUUCUUUAGCUGCAACUGUUUCAAAAGCUCGAAUUCCGAAUUAUCACAUUCCAAACCUCUGGGCCGGUUAUAGUCGUAUUCAGAAUCGGUACCAAUCUUACUCAACAAUGGCCUCGAACACUACACCACCAACAGCUGCAGGGACGACACCUGAAUCCAGGUUACGACCCAAACUGUCGGAACUUGCAGCAACCAUAGCGGCAAACGCAAAAAUUGUUGAAGAUUACAUCGAGGCCCAGGGGCUGCCUUACCCUUCGUUUGCGGCCGAUGGACCUACAAACUUUCCCGUUCCUCAAAAUGGCGAGACACAGAAGAUACAUGAAGCGCGACAGGAGUUGUUAACCGCGUCAAAGCAUAUAUAUGAUUUGGCUACGGGACCUAACGAAUUUUUGAGGUGGUUAGUUUGGAAUUACAACGAUGUUUCUACCUUACAUGUCGUCACCGCCUUCAACAUCCCAGAAAUUGUACCCGUCGACGGCGACAUAUCAUACGCGGAAAUUGGAGAAAAAUGUAACCUCCCGGAACUCAAGAUCAGACAGGUCCUCCGUCUGGCUAUGACGAACAGAAUUUUCUACGAACCACGCCACGGAUAUGUCGCGCAUACAGCGCAAUCCCGCCUGCUCCGUGAAGACCCUCUGAUGCGAAAUUGGAUAAGUUAUAAUACCGACGAUUUAGCUCCUGCGUCAUUGCAAGUCGUAGAUGCGUUGAAAAAGUAUCCAGGGAGUGGAGAGACCGGGGAGACAGCCUUUGCACUGGCUCAUGGAAACGAGAGCCUGUUCCAAUUUUUGGGAGCGAGGCCUGAGAGGGCUAAGAGGUUUGGAACUGCCAUGUCUGCGUUUAGUACCGGCCAAGGUUAUGCUGUCGAGCAUUUGAUAAAUGGAUACGAUUGGAGUGGGCUACCUAAGGAUGCUACGAUUGUUGAUGUUGGAGGCGCGACCGGUUUUGUAUGCGUCGAACUCGCAAAAUCAUACCCAGAAUUCAAGUUUAUCGUCGAGGAUAAAGUCAAGCCGCAGCUCGAAUUAGGAGAGGCUACUUUAGAUCCAGCGCUGAAGCCACGAUUCUCCUAUGUUGUUCACGACUUUUUCACCGAACAACCGGUUAAGGGCGCUGAUGUUUAUUUAAUCCGCUGGUGCAUGCACAAUUGGUCAGAUAAAUAUGCUGGAAUCAUGAUCAAGAGUUUGGUGCCUGCUCUGAAGAACGGUGCCAAAGUAAUUAUCAACGAGUUGGCGUUGCCGGAUCCGAAUACUGCGAAUCCAUGGGAGGAGAGAAGAAUUAGAACCUUGGACGUGGUUAUGAUGAUGUGUUUAAAUGCUCUUGAGCGUGAAGAAGGGGACUGGAAGCGUCUAUUUGCAGAAGCAGACCCCAGAUUCAGGUUUGAGGGUGUGAAGCAACCGCCUGGUUGUCUCAUGAACAUAGUUGAGGCAACUUUUGUCGACGAAUAG